AUGAUAUCGCCUGCACCGUACAUCUUAAAUGGUGUUGACGGUAGCAUCAUAAGCGUAGCUCAACAACUUCACAUUGCCACACUUGAUCAUCGUAACUAUCAUCAUCACCACCAUCAUUUUCUGCAGCAUAUUAAUCAGUACAACGAUCACAAUCUGAAUCAUAAUCCAAUUCAAAAUCUUCAUUCCCCAGACCAACUACGUUAUGCUCGUUGCUAUGACAAUCAGUCAGUAUCGCCACUCUACAGUCCAACCAAAUCGCACAACACAAUCAUGCACGAUGACGAUAUUCCGAGUGCUUUUGUAAGAACACCAAUUCUACGACUUCCAAGUGCUGCAGAUACGUUUCAUCAUGCCACUGACAUGGUUAAGAAGUGUGAUCAAAAGUUCACAACUAAACAACCAGAUGAAAUCGCUCCACGAAAGAGUUUCGCUCUAGAGAAUCUCAUUGAAAGUGGUGCGUCAACGCCCUCAAACGAGCCUAACAUGUUGCUCGUCUCCGAAAUCCUACUGUUAGAUCACAAUCGCUCAUCAUCCUCAUUCCAUAAUUUGAUUGUAUUCGCGUCUCUCAGCUUCAAGUUGCUCUCAUGA